AUGAUGCCGCUGUCAGCGCAUCCUCACCGCCUUCCGGAAAUCACCCCCGCAUCCCCCAGUAGUACUACCUCCGCGUCCGCCCCUCUCCCCGCCUCCGCCGCGCCCAACAGCGCGCCCAAGCUGCCCUCCGCCCUCCCCGCUUACCUCCGCGCUGGGCGCAGGGAGGGCGCAGGCGUGGGAAGAGGAGGCGCGCGGGCGGACGGGAGAGGGCUGGGGAAUGAGGGGGGAGGAGCAGUGGGGGGACAUGGAGGGGCAGGGGGAGGGGUGAGCGGGGAUAGCAAGGAGAGCAGAUGGGUGGAAGAGGAUGAUCAGGGAAACGAGGGGGGUAAGCGGAUGGGACAAGGCAUGGUGGUGGUGGACGUGGGGGCCGAAGGGGAGGCGCGUGGGGAGCACGAGGAGCAAGAAGAGUUUAGAUACAUACAGCGGACUUCCAACCAACCACACGGCGCCAGCUGGCUGUUUCAUGACGUCAUCACUGCCCUGCGAUCCUCCGCCGUGUUCCAACUACCAGCACUCACCACCCCCAGCAGCAGCAGCAGCAACGAGCACGAUCCCUCACUACCAGUCCCUCAGAUACCACCUCCCCCAGGCGCCACCUGCGUGGGGGGGUGUGGCAUCAGCAACCAGGCAGCUCUCGCCAUCCUCCCCUGCGCGCUGCAUUCCCUGCUGCACUGCGUGGCCGUGGGGCAGCUGCUGGCGCUGCUCACCCGCCAUGCCUUCGCGCCCCGCCACGCCCUCCUCUCCACCGCCCUCGCUGAGGCCCUCUUCUCUCUGCUCUCCGCCCUGCCUGCCACCGCCCCCGCGCCCAGCCCCCUGGGAGCGGCGCUCAUGGGCGCGCUGUGGCGGGUGAGUGGCGCGCUGGGGGUGCCCUUCCUGCCCUGGGCGGGGUGGGUGGGGCUCUGGGCGGCUGUCUUCCUGCUGCUCGCCGCGGGGGGGAAUGCGUGCCGGGUGGCGGACCAGUGGGGUGCUGCCAUGUGGCGGGUGGAGGGUGUGGUGACGAGCGGAGUGCUGUUUGUAGUGCUCCUGGCGGUGCCCCCUUUCCUCCAUCUCCCUCCGCUGCUCGCCUACCAGCUGCCACUGCAGGUCGCCCCGCCCCUCAUCCCGCCCAUCCCGUGGGGCUCGCACUUGGGGGGCGUGUCAGUGGGGGCGGCCCUGGCAGCGGCACUGCCGGGAGCGCUGCUGGCGGCGCUGCUCUUCCACGCGCACAACACAGCAGCGCUGCAGCACGAGGUGAGGAGCAGCGCUGCAGCACGAGUUGCCUUCAUCACCUUCAUCCCUCCUCUUUCCCCGUCCCUGCUUUUCCCAUACACCACACUCUGUUUCCUCCUGCCAUCACCCAUUCCCUCCCUCCCAUCCCCUCCUCCUUCCUUGACUCACGUAUUCCUCCACUUCCCUCGCUCCAUGCCCCCUGUUACACUCUCAAUUUCCACUCCCCUGCGUGACCCCCUUCCUCCCAACCCCCCCCUCUUCCUCGCUACCGCCCGUUACCGCACCCCACACUCUCCAACACCUCAGGCACAGUUGCAUGCUGCUGCGGGGUGUGGGCAGCGUGUGAGGGCAGAGCAGGCUUGGGGAGCAGACCGUGCGAGGAAGUGGAGGGGAGCAGGGGUGACGAGGUGGGGAGUGAAGGGUAGAGAGGCGGAGAGGGCAGGGGACGUGGAGUGGGGUAUGGUCGUGGGGGAACUAGCAGGAGGCACAGGAGAAGGGCAUGAGCAGGGUGGGGGAAGGGUUGAGGAGGUGGUGGGGGGAAAUGAUGGGUGGGAGUUUGGUGGAGUUGGAGGGGAGGACGAGGAGGAUGAAGAGGGAUGGAGAGUGGAUGCAGGAGAGGGGGGUGCAGCAGGGACAGUAGGAAUGGUAGUGAGCAGUGAGAGAGGGUGUGAGAGAGUGAGUGUGAGGGAGUGGGACCUGUGUGUGACUGCCGUUGUGGUGGCUCUCUGUCUCCUGCUCGGCCUCCCUCCUCCCAUCCGCAUUCCAUAUCUGAGCACCAUCCGCCUCUCAUACCUGCUCAAGCAUGCACCCGCCACUGCACCUGCCACACGUGCCACAGUCACAACUGCCACUCAACGCCGCAGUGCGGCCCCUCAUGUAGCCCGGCCACACAAGCAGUCGUCCCGCCAUGCCAGCACCACAGUGAGAUCCGGAUUCGACUCCAUGCUGCUGCCGCUCAUGCCACUCGUGCCGCUCGCAGCUGGCAGCCAGGCGAACUCCUUUGUGCCAGCCACUCGUGCUCCCCACGCCCCACGCCACCCCCCUGCCCCCCUGGCGGCGCUGGUGUGUGAGUGGCGCACCGUGGGGGGGCUGCUGGCGGCUCUGCUGGCGCUGCUCGCCCUGCCCGCCACGCCUGCUCGCUUCCUCACCCUCGUGCCCGUCGCACCCCUCAUCGGCACGUGCAUGGCGUUGGCCAUCCUCCUCUUCCCCCCUUCACUCCACCUCCACCUCCUCCUCUCUCUCGCCCACCCCUCCCGUCGCCCUUCUCUCCCCCCACUCCCCCCUUCCGCCCUCCCUUUCCUCCGCCGCCUCACCUCUCUGGAGUGCCUCUCAGCCGGCCUGCUGCUCGGGACUGCAGGUGGCACAGGGAGGAGGGCGAGGUGCAAGGCAGGGAGGGCAGAGGAGCACAUGAGCAGUGGGGGAGAGAGUCGGAGAGGCAACAGAGUUGUGGAGGAGGGGAGUGAGACGGAGGGAGGGAGUGGGGUGGGUGGUGAUGGGGAAGAGGGGAGAAGGGGUGUGAAACGGCGAGCAGUGGGGGAAAAGUACGAGUGUGAGGUGGGGGGCGGGCGAGAUGGGCACAUGCCAGCAGAUGGGCGUGUGGAUGGGUCUGGGUCUGGGUCUGGGCAUGGGCAUGGGCGUGGACAUCAGAACGUGGAGGUGCAUGUGGGUAUGAUGUCAGGGCUGACAUCAGCAUGGCAUGACACCUCAUUGGACGACCCAUCCUCUCCUCUGCACCACUCCGCACCUCCUGUGCACCACUCCGCACCUCCUGUGCACCACUCCGCACCUUCUCUGCACCACUCUGCACGUCCUGCUCGUGGUCAGCAAGGUAAUGGUGGGCUGGCAGAUGGCCGGACGAUUCCCCAGGCACGAAAGGGUGAGGGUGGUGGUGGUAUGGAGAGAUGGAGUGAGGGAUUGGAGAGUGAGGAAACAGUGGCAGCGGUGGACGUUGCAGCUCGGUUCAGAGGGAUGCUGAGGAGCAGUGUGGAUAUUGAGUGCAUGAUGGCUAGUGAGGCGAGUGGAGAGGCGAGUGGAGAGGCGGAGGAGGAGGAGGAGGAGGAGGAGGAGGAGGAGGAGGAGGAGGAGGAGGAGGAGGAGGAGGAGGAGGAGGAGGAGGAGGAGGAGGAGGAGGAAUGGACGGAGGGGAACGAGGGGGAGGGGGGUAGUGGCGACUGGACAGAAACGGGUAUGAGUGGUGGAGGGGAGAAAGAGGGGAAAGAGAGUGGAGUGGGAGAGGAUGGAAGGGUGGAGGGCGAGGGUGUGGGCAGGAGAAACGGUAAGGAGGCAGACGUGAAUGGAGCAGAGGUAGCAGCAGGUGCAGGUGUAGGUGCAGGGGGCGUGGGGAGAAUGGAGGCGGUGGAGGAGGAGUGGAGUGAGGAGGGGAGUGAGGAGGGGAGUGAGGAGGGGAGUGAGGAGGGGAGCGAGGAGGGAGGGAUGGAAGGGGCGCAGGAGGCAGCAGUGGCAUGGGGGAUGGCGCAGAUGGGGGGAGCCAGUGGGGGAAGCCUGGACUAUGGGGCAGUGGGAGGGGCGGAAGUGGGAAGGCGGUGGGACGAGGAGGGGCGAGUGGGAGGGGCGGAGGAGGCGGGGCGGGUGAGGGCGGCAGUGGAGGAGGUGGCGAGCAUCAUCGGACGCAUGUCGGCUGAUGUGAUGUCCGUGGAUGCCGCCUCUCAUGCCGCCUCACGAUCCUCACAUUCCUCUUGUGCGUCUUCGGCCUCAUGGGUGCCGUCCACCCCGUCGCCCCCUUAUGAGCGCAGCAGUGCUGCUGGUGCUGGUGCUGGUUCUAUUCGCGGUGUGGCUGCUGCCAGUACUGCUGGUGCCACUCAUGUCAGUGCUGCUGCUACAGGCAGUGCGAUGGGCGCACGGGUUGUAGCGGAGCAGGUGGCAGUUGCGUUGGCGGCUACGGACGUGGGAGGCGGGGUGGGUGCAGGGGGGGGUUCAGCUGGUGUUGUGAGUGCGGGUGGGAGUGCGGGAAGCACAGAACAGCAGUCACUGGGAGCAGCAGCAGCAGUGAAUGGUUCGCAGGCAUGGUCAGGGGAGAGUGUGCAGAACAGCACAGUGGGAGGUGGAGGCGUUGGGCAGCCAGCGCCAGUUGUGGACGUGUCAAGGAGUGCGCUCCCAUAUGCUCUGCCCUCUGUUGCACCCUCUGCUGCACCCAACGCGGCACCUUCUGCGCUCAAUCCUCUUCCUGUCUCACCUUAUCCUACUACUCCCUCUGUUCAGCCCGCACAUGUACAUGCCACAAAUGCCACGCAUGCCCCACAUGCCCCAUAUGCCCGUACCACACUGGCUCCCAUAAGCCCCGUGCUGGCAGCCCAGCAGGCACAGCCCCCCAUGCACCCCCCACACGCAUGGCAGCUGCCAGUGCCCCUCCAUCCCACCACCACCACCCCUCACGGCAACACAAAGGGCCUUGCCAGGCCGCCACCUGUGCCCCUGCUGCAGCGAGCGCAGGCAGGCAAGCGAGGUGUGGGGGAGGGCCAGGGGCGGGGCAGCAGGCACGCAGAGGCGGCCCACCCGUCACUCAUGUUCCUCGCUCGCCGCGCUGCCACCGCCGCCCAUGCCCCAUGA